AUUUGUUUCCAGAGCCGAAACAAGUAAAUUAAAAAAAAUAUGUCAGUUUUCACUGUUGUUUAAUGUGGUUGUUUAUGCCUGGUUUAUGCAUUCUGAGGUUAAAAUAAUAUAUUGUUAAUUUCUUGUGAAACAGUACAAUAAUAUUCAUCAAAAAUGGAUAAAAGCAAAGAAAAAGAAGAGCAGAGUAUCAUGGAUAAAUCCAUGAGAUCUGUUUUUGUCGGUAACAUACCUUAUGAAGCCACAGAGGAGAAGUUAAAAGAUAUUUUCAGUGAAGUGGGUCCAGUAUUAUCGUUCAAGCUUGUAUUUGACCGUGAGACUGGUAAGCCGAAGGGGUAUGGGUUCUGCGAAUACAAAGACCAGGAGACAGCGCUAAGUGCUAUGAGAAAUCUCAAUGGCUACGAAAGAGGACGCUCACUCCGUGUGGACAACGCUUGUACUGAAAAAUCUAGAAUGGAGAUGCAAGCCUUGAUGCAGGGACCUCAGGUGGAGAAUCCAUAUGGUGAAGCGGUGGAGCCUGAGAAGGCUCCAGAAGCUAUUAGCAAGGCUGUUGCUACUCUUCCGCCAGAGCAAAUGUUCGAGCUGAUGAAACAGAUGAAACUUUGCAUACAGAAUAAUCCUACCGAAGCAAGGAACAUGUUGCUUCAGAACCCACAACUGGCUUAUGCAUUACUCCAAGCCCAAGUGAUCAUGAGGAUUGUGGACCCAGCUACAGCUGUUAGUAUGCUGCAUCCAAGCAAUCCGGUUCCACCAGUGUUGCAGUCUGGAGACAAGCCACAACCCAAUACUUAUGUUCCGAAUAAUCCUCCACCAUGUAAGUUUAACCACAACCCCCCUCCAUUGCUUGUUAAUCCUGUACCACCGCCCAGCCAGUAUCCACCAACUCGUCCGUCGAUGGACGUUGACUUGCGAGGAUCACGCGCGGCUGUGCCCCCGCUGCUCGACCAGGACAUGCGCAGUCUGCCGCCCGUGCACCCUCCGCACCAGACGCCACACCCUGUGCCGCCGCCGCAGCACCACGCGGCAGAACCGCCGUUCCCGCGCGACCCGCGUCUGGCGAACUCCCAGCCGUUCAAUGCUGACCCAAGAGUGCGGCCCAACGACCCACGCACGCAGCCGAAACCGCCGCCGCAACCGCAAUUGCCGCCGGGCAUGCCGAGCGCGGCACAAGCGCGAAACAUUCAAGGCAUACCAUCAGGUGCUUCAGAUCAAGAAAAGGCCGCGUUGAUUAUGCAAGUGUUGCAGCUAUCAGAUGAACAAAUAGCAUUACUGCCUCCAGAGCAGCGCGCUAGCAUUUUGAUGCUGAAGGAACAAAUCGCAAAGAGUACUCAACAACGUUGAAAUAAAAAUGUUAUUGCAAUACAAUUACUACAAAUAAAUUCCAAUUUAUUGCA